GUCUACUACUCCAGCCGGCCGUCGCCCACCCACUCGCUCUCCCCGGUUUCAAAUUUAAACUCUCCCUCCAAAUCACCACCAAAUAAACAAACAAAUCCCCCACUAGUGACUCCACUGCCCAGUGUGAGUGUCCACCGCUUCGUUCCAACUCGCCAACGCCAACAGAGCCUGCUGCAGCCUCGUCAGGCCACGGAUGGCGACCACGCCCAACCCCAAGAGGGAGCCGCUGCGUCCCCGGAGCAGCAACGCCCCCGCGGCUCCGGCCCCGGCGAGGCGCGGGCCGACCUCCGCGGAGAAGGAGAACCUCGGUCCGAAGAACCUCGGGAACGGGGAAGAGGAGAAGGGGAAGGGGAAGGCUAAGACUGCGGCUGCUACUGAGAUGUCGAAGCCCGCGAGGACGACACCGGCGGUAGCGCCUCCGCCACCGCCGCCGCUGAAGCCGUCGUCGCUGCAGCUCCGCAUGAAGGACGACUCGGCGGAGGCGGGUGCGGGUGCGGGGGCGCCCGUGCUCGUGGGGCCGAGGGGCAGGGAGCUGCUCCCGCCGUCGUCCUCGUCCUACGAGGCGUGGGACCUCUCCGACAGCGAGUCCGCGCCGGCCUCCUCCUGGGCCACGCUCCCCAACAGGGCGCUCCUGUGCCGGCCGCUGCCGCAGGACGUCGGGCGGUGCACCUGCGUCAUCGCCAGGGAGGCGGCCGCCGGAGCCAGAGGAGUCGCGCUCUACUCCCUCUACACCAAUGAGGGGCAGGGGCGGCAGGACCGGAAGCUGGCGGUGGCGCGGCACCGGAGGAGGAGGGGGAGGUCGGAGUUCAUCGUGGCGCAGAACCAGGACGACAUCUUCUGCACCUCCGACGACAAGAACUUCCUCGGCACGGUCGCCGCCAACCUCGUCGGAUCCAAGUAUCAAAUCCUGGGCCAGGGGAACCGGGUGGAUGAGAUGAAGAGCCACUCGAAGCGGCUUCUUGGCGUUGUCGCGUUUGCCCCCACCAUCACCACGCUUACAGGGAGUUACAGAAGCAUGAGAGCUUGGAUACCGAAGAACCAGUCCAUGCAGCUCAAGACCAACAAUUCUGCUCAGAUUCAGCACAUCAGUGGGCUCCCAAAGGACUGGCAGGAGAAGAAGAGCAGAGCUGACCAGCUAUGCUCAAGAGCCCCUUUCUACAACCAUAUGACAAAGCGCUACGAACUGGACUUCAGGGAGAGGGCAGGAAGGAUGGGGUACAAGGUGCAGACCUCAGUGAAGAACUUCCAGAUGACCCUGGAGGAAAACGGGAGGCAGACGGUCUUGCAGCUUGGUAGGGUUGGGAAAUCCAAGUACAUAAUGGACUUCAGAUACCCGUUGACUGGCUACCAAGCGUUCUGCAUUUGCCUGGCAUCGAUCGACUUCAAGCUGUGCUGCACCCUGUGAAAGAGGCGUGCGUGGAAGAAGUCUUUCGUUUUUGCAGCUUAUGUUUAGUUUUUUAGUGAUUGUGUACUUCCAGCCUUCUCAUCUUGAGAAGGGGGUUAAUAUUUUGAGCUUAUGUUUGUUGCUUAAUAUUUCAUCAUAUAUGUCAUAAAAAUAAGUAAAAAUGAGUCCUUGACCAUCAUGCAAA